UGCAACGAGUGGGCCAUUCAGCGCCGUGUUUGGUUUGUGUGUCGUGGUUUGCAGAGGAAAGCAGAGCUGGGAAACAUAUAGCUUCGGAAAUACGGCAUAAAUUGAAGCAUGAAGAUGCAGUAGGUGGAUCUUGCAGUCAUGUUUUCUAAUCUGCACAUGCUGUAGAUUUUCCACACCGGUUGCUGACGGCUGCUCUGCAACAAUGCCAGAGUCCUCACAGGUCAAGGACGCUCGCCGCUGUUCUGUUGAAUGUAGAACACCUCCCUUGAGUCAUUUCAGCCAGUCAUCGCUGCCACUCCACAGAAACUCUCACAGGCUCAGCACCUUCUGCACAGAGCACAAUCUGCAGGAAUGCCUGUCUCACAUCAGUCAGGAGGUGUCACUGCUGGGCCUCUCGCCUGGCUGGACCGAGUCAGUCAGCGGCUCACAGCUGGAUGUUGUGGCUGUGCUGAAUUGCAUGUAUGACCUGAUUCAGCUGCACCACAGGAGCCUGAGAACACUGGAAAACAUGGAAAUGGAGCAACUGAAACUCAGCAGCAACGUGGAUUACCUGAAGAUCAAUAACACGCAGCUAAAGGAAGAGGUUGAAGUUUCCAAACGACAAAACACGGGACUGCUUGAGAGAGAACGACAGCUGCAGCUGAAACUGAAGAGUCUGCAGAACUGUCUGAAGAAUGAGAAAGAAGAGGUGCAAAAACUGCAGAACAUAAUUUCAAGCCGUGCCUGUCAGUUCAACCACGAAAUGAAAAGGAGGGAGAGAGAAUUCACCAAACUGAAGGAGCGACUGAAUCAACUCCUAGCUGACAAAAAAGAUAGAAAACCAGCUAUUGACGUAUUAAACAACAUCGGAAGAGCUGAUGGAAAGAGAAGCCUGUGGAAAACUGAAAAAACAGAGGCAAAGCAUGAGGGAGAGAUGUACAGGACGCUUCUGAGCGACUACGACAUGAGGCAGAGGGAGCUUGUCCUGGAAAACGCAGAGCUGAGGAAGGUGAUGCAUCAGAUGAAGAAGGAGAUGGUGUCCAUCCUGAAGUCAAGAAAACCGAUCCCCAAAGGAGAAAAUUAUGAGCAUAAUGAUACGCAGGCUCCCUCAGACGAAGACGACGAGGUGUUAGACCCCAGUAAGGAAAGUUUGGAGCUGUUUUGUAUUGAUGCCAGGGAGAAGCUGACUAACAGUAUUCGCCUCCAGUGGAGAAGACUUAAGAGCCACGUUGAAAGACUGGACAGCCAAGUGUCUUUGACUCAGAUGUCUGAGUCUAACAUUGAUGACGCUGUCCCUCGUGAGAAUCAUGAGGAGGAGAUGGACCGGCUAAAGAUGGAGAUCCAGCGGUGCAAAGAUUUCAUCCAAAAGCAGCAGCAGCUCCUACAGAAGCAGCUGAGCUGUGCGUGCAACGAAGACUCGGUGUCGCUGCAGAACGAUGGCUACAUGCUGCAGGAGAAGAAACGCCUCGGUGAGGAAUGGAAGAACUUAGAGGAACAGAGAAAGAGCUUUGAGAGGGAAAGGAGGAACUUCACUGAAGCAGCUAUUAGACUGAGCCACGAGAGGAAGAUCUUUGAGGAGGAUCGGGGAACGUGGCUCAAACAGCAGUUUCUAAGUAUGAGUCCGUUUGGAAACUCAAAGCAGCUUCAUGCGCCGAAGUCUGCAAGUGCCUUAUUGAUCGGUGAAACGGAGGUCAGUGCACCGAUGGCUCCAGAAACACCCAGCGAAUGGCGAUCUGACUCGGCCUCCCCAAUACCCGGAUCGGUUUCUCUCACGUCGUCUUCUGCAGGCGAUCUGGAGUGUGAACUUUGCCUUAUUCCAGAAAACGGUGUGACUUGCAGCUCGUCAAAACAAGGAAAGUCAGAACAUUUUGAGGAAUUGAGCCCACUGUGUAAAAAUAUUUCUCUGCGGGACAAACAGUGGAGGGAGAGCGAAGACCUCAGCAGCCUUUCACUCACACCUGAGAAGAGCAGCAGUAUAUGAAGCCAUGGAAACUUUUAUUAUUUGAAAGAAGAGAAUCUCUUAAUGUAUGCUGUUUAUGCAUAGUUGCAGAAAUGUGUGUCUGAUGAAUGCAAACAUCAAAGACAGAGUAAAAUGAAGCCAAAUAUGUCUUGUUAAUGCCUGAAACAAAAUGAAUUGUAAAGGUUUCUUAUUUUAUAUUCUUAGUGUUUUAAAACAAUUGGGGGGGAAAUAUUUAUUUAUUUAUGUGGUAUUGUAAUCAUUGUUGUGUUUGAAACUGAAUGAGGACUUUUUUUAAAAUCUCUGUUCAGUUGUGGAUGAGCAAACAUAUUUCUCUUCAGCAGGACUGUUCUUAGUUGUGCUCAGUGUUUAAUAGUGGUUCACAUAGCCUAAAAGAGGAAUUCCUUGGUCUACCAAGGUUAAGAUAUUUUUUUUGACCAAGAUUUAGAAUGUAGCCCUAAAGCAGCUAUUUAUCUCAGAGCAAUGUGGAUGUAGCACAAACAGAAUGAGCAAUUUAUCAUUCCCUAGUUUUAAUAUCAACUUUAUUAGAAUAUGAAUUACUGAUUUUUUUUUUUUGUAAAAGUGUAUGAGGGUGUAAGUUUUAUAAAACUGCAUGAUGUUUUAGAUUUAAACCACUUCAGUGUUUCUAUAAUUGUAAACGUGGUUUGUUAAGGUUUCUCACAGUUACUGUAACUCUCUACUAUGAAAUCACACACUUUAUAGAGUCAUUACACAUAUGACAUUGUGACCGUACUUCAUUAGCCGUUUUGUGAUCUUUCACCUGCAUUACCUCUCUUUGCCCUUUGGGUGGUGCUGGUGUGCAUUGUGAAGCAUAAAUUCAAACACGUGGUGACCUCUGACAUCCUGACAUUUUGUCAGAUUAUGGGUUCUCCCUCAGCAACAACAAAACUCUGGACGCUUUUACUGUAUAAUGCACUGGCUAUAAAACUGAUUUCACAUUUGGAGUGAGGAACUCAAGCUCUUGAAUAGGUCAAAGCGGAGCUGCUGGACCUGGAGGAGAAAGAUGAUGUAUGGUUUCUGCUCAAAGACAGUAUUUUGCUAAGCUUCGCCAGGACUGGUCCUUAUUGCCCUGUCCAUUGUCUCAUUUAACACAAUAAAAUUGCUCUGUGCUUUUGGUUUUUC